AUGUCGUCGAUCCAGAAUGCAGGUCUCGGAGUGUUUGCGGCUGUUGACCUUGUUCCUGGUGACGUGGUCACUGCCUACGACGGUCAACUGGUUCCCGAUGCCCCGACCAAUCACUUGUAUGCUCUGCAGAUCACGGGAGCAUCGAAGCCCAUGUGGAUUGACGGGCUCCGUGAACUGGAGCGUGGGAAAGGAAUCGGAUCCUUUGUCAACCGUGCAUCGCGCGAGCAUCACUGCUACAUGAACUGCGACUACAAGGAGUUUGCUGAGUCUGCGUACAUUGUCAUCACGAAGAAAAUCAAGGCGAACAGCGAGCUCUUUACGGUCUACAGCCGUGGUUACAGAUUCUAG